AAGUCACAACAGCGGAAAAGUGGAAAAGCCUAAAGCGGCAGCGACCACAGAAGAAGAAGAAAACAAAUUAAAGAUAUCCUCAAGUGAAAUUUCUGAGUGUUUAAAAAUUGAAAAUAUCAAAUCCAACCGAAUUUGAAAAUAGACGAAGCCGUAACCGAUCGCUGGAGCAUUGCCAAAAAGCAGAGGCGAUUAAUUAAAGUUCAAUAAACGACGCUUGUGUCCCGUAAAUCAAUAGGAAAAUGCAGUGCGGCCUGGAGAUGAAUGACUGUGAGCGAUCCCCCAAUCGCACAAAUUUACGCGUCAACUUCAACGAGAAGGGUGCGGAGGUGAAGGAGCGCAGGGAGAAGUUCCUCACUGCCAAAUAUGGAUCACAUCAAAUGAGUCUCAUCCGCAAGCGCCUCGCUGUGGAGAUGUGGCUCUACGAUGAGUUGCAGAAGCUCUUCGAUCCACCGAGCGAAGCCAUUGAUGUGGACAUUGACGAGAUAUUGGACAUGGACACAGACGACAUAAGGAGAUCUCAUCUUAUAAGAUUAUUAUCAGUCUGCAAGCGCCCGCAAUCGGACAUAUCCAAGUUCAUCAGCGACCUGCUGGAUCGCGCAAAGACGCUGUAAAUCUGCAGACCCGGUAAAUCAUUCAGCGCAGAACUACACAUUAAAUAUGCAGAUAAACAAUAAAUAAUUAGGAACCUAAGUUUAGCCUGAAAAUCAAAGAACAUGGAAUUCAGUUACAAAAACCUUUAAUUUUACCCAUUCGCAACUUGUCUCGAUGUUUUUUCUGUGUACCUUAGUUGAUAGACUCGAAGUUGUGUCUAAUUUAAGUCACCGCUAAACAGAUCGUUAGCCCUUAUGAACGAUUCAUCGAUUUUGUGAUGAAAACAUAUUUUAUAAUAA